UUCAAACUGGUGUAAAUGCAUUUGUAUGCGUUUAUACUGAUUCUGCCAUUUUUGAACCUCGCCGUUAAUUCCACAGUUAUAAUGCAACUAGUAUAAAUAGUCCAACUGCAGCAUUCUCAGCUACAUUAUUGCGCAGUUUUUCGUGUUCGUCCAAAGUAAAAUAAGUUUAAAAAAAUCAAAGAAAAAAUGUCGACUGUACGCAGCAUGAAUGACUUUCACAAACGCAUGGAGGAGGCCGAAAAUAAAAUUGUCUUACUGGACUUUUAUGCCACCUGGUGCGGACCGUGUGCUGAUAUGGAUAAAACUGUUAAAUCUUUGGCUCGCAAAUACGCCGGCAAAGUAGUGGUACUCAAGAUCAAUGUGGACAAGUUCGAGGAUCUCGUGGAUAAGUACAAAGUACGCUGCAUGCCGACAUUUGUCUUUCUCAAGGGCAAUCGGCGUAUAUCCUCCGUGACUGGUGCAGAUGACGAAAAGUUGACACACAUGAUGGCCAAAGUUGUGAAAUGAUUACCCAACUAAGAUUAAUAACGCUGGCGUUAGUAAAAAAAAAUUU